AUGAUUGAAGAGUACACAAAGAGGUCCACCAAAACCGAGAGAAAGACGACAGCUGUGCAAAAGCCCUCUGAGGAUCGAAACUUGACAGCCCACGGCUUUUUUGCUUGGGAGAAUAUCGAGAUCUUCGAGAACGACAGAGUUAGUUUGUACAACUUUAAACUCCGAACUAACCUGCAUCCGAUGAUCCUGGGAACGCUAAGUACGGCCGAGCCAAAAUCAAGUUACGCAAUAAUGAUCAAAGAUUCUGGACACGAUGAAGGACUCAAACAUGAUUUACCAUGCAUACCGCUCGCCUGGGCUCAAAGAGCGAACCUUUACAAACAACAGGUUUUCUGUCUGGGUCUAUGUUUAGAAUGGGGAUUCUAUAAAAGUAGUGAUGUAGUUAAGUCGUGA